AGUGCGGUACGGUACCGUAAAGCCAUGUACUUGCUGUAACACGCGCCCCAUCAGCACUCAAGCAGCGCAGCUGCGUGUGCGGUUUUGUACAUCAGUCACCAUGCAAGCGCAAGCACUGGGAAGUGCGCACAGCGCUGUCACCCUCAUCAUCAAAUCAUCGUCCGAUCCCCUCUUGACAGCAUCUACAGCACCACACCGGCAUUCUUGGGAAGGGAGUCCUACCCAAUACGUCCUUUCGGUGCUCCUUCUACGUUCCCUCCGCCCUUUCUACCCUCAUUCGUGAUCAGCCCCCUGUCGCGUUCACUUGGCACUGGCGACCUCACUUCAGACGCCGAAAGCGGAUCGUCGCCAAUCGUAUUGAUCUCUUCAUCGCCACGUCGACAGCUUAUUCUCUCCACCAGAGAGAGGCACAACAUCACUAUGCCCCCUGGAGGGCCAAAUGGAGGUGCUGGUGGAGCAAUGGGUGGCGGUGAGAUGGACAAGCGGACAGCAGCGUACGAAAGCAUCUUCGGCAGGCCAUCGGCCAAGCCCAAAGGACCUGCUCCUCCACCUCCGUCUGGCGGAUAUGCACCAUAUCAACUCCCACCUCAGAUGGCAGCUACGCAAAAUUGGGUACACAACCAAGCCAUCGCAGGCUCGCAGCCUCCUGGUCCGUACGGUCAACCACCACCUCGAUGGCAUUCCCCUGCGCCGCCUGGCCCCUAUCGAGUGUCGACCUCUGGGCCACCGCCACACGUGGGUAGCGGUAUGUAUAUGCCCUCUCAACCUUCCCAGGGAGGUCAAUAUGGAGCCGACGCUAUCGACCGGAGAGCCAGCAACGCCCCUUCUAUCGCAAGCGGUGGGAGCAGCGAUCCGAGGAUGAGCUACUACGGGAAUCCUGGCGGCCUCAAUGCAUCGGACAUGUACGGUGCUGGCGCUGGCAGUCAAGGACAGGGCAAUGGCUAUCCGCAAAUCCCCAGCAGAUCAGCCACGCCAAGCCAGAGUGGUGGCUAUCCGGAGGUGCCUGGAUACAGACAUCCUUCGGUUGCCGGCUCUGCCGGCGCUCUCUAUGGCGCUGGCGGCACUCCCUUCGCAACGACUCAGCCAUCUUCUCAACGAGGCUCCACAAGCGUGUACGACGGCAGUGCAGCUUAUCUGUCGUCAGAGGACAUCAGUCCGCGCGCGCCUCCUCAAAUUCCAGGACUAGACCUGCCGAAGGCUGAAGAAAGCGACGAGGGUCACUGGUUCAGCGUUAAGCCGGGCACCUCAAAUCAGGCCGCGCAAGCUGCAGCAGCAGCCGCCGUGAACGCCAAAGCCGGCGGACACCUUGCAGAUGCAGAAGAGGGCAGAAAGACGCCAACAAGUCCUCUGAGGCAAGACGUUCCUCUUGCUGGUGCCACACAAUCGCUGAGCGCCCUGAGCAUGGGAGGCGGAGGAGCAGAUGAGGAUGGUGUGAACGAUUUCCAAGAGUACCAGCGAAGGAUAGGCGCCAACAAUGGCGGCAAUGGUAGGUCUGCAGCAUCUUCAGUGUAUGGUGACAUGAGGCGGCGCGGGUCUUUCGAAUCCGAUGCCCCUUCAGUAGCCAACUCUAUGUUCACAGUGUCAGCGCCCUCAAACAACGGUCAACUAGGUCCGCGGAUGUACAGCAGCGGGGCGAGCGGCAUUGGACCACAAGGGGCUGGCCAGCAUCCUGGAUAUUUUGGCUCCGUCAACAUGCCGCCGAUGGGUGGCUAUGGGCCGUAUCAACAGCGCAUGCGAACCACUUCGAGCGCCACGCAAGCCGCGCAGGCUGCCUACGCACCCAGCUACGCAGAAAGCAAUCUAGAGUGGAGGAAGAGCGUUGAGUCCACCCGUGCUCCUAGCAUUGUUCAGGGAAUGACUCCCGCUGGUCAAGGUCGUUUCGAGGCCAGAAGCAUGUCAGCUGGCCAGUCUAUUCGACCGGGUAUCCCUACCGCCUUGUCCUCUCCUCACGGCAGUAUCGGCAGUGCUGCUGUAAAUCAUCCGCCUGUACCCAGUCGUCGAGGGCCGCUGGUUUAUCCCGCUUUGCUGUCACGCGUCGCGGAAGCUUUCAAGUCUCGAGUCACGCUCUCGGAAAGGACGAAGGACGGAUUGUCGUACACCGAUGCAUUCGAUGGCAGAGAAGCGGUGGACAAGAUAGCUUACAUCAUCAAGACUACGGACCGUAAUCUUGCGCUGCUCUUGGGAAGAGCGCUGGACGCUCAAAAGUUCUUCCACGACGUUACCUACGACCAUAGGCUCAGGGAUAGCCCCAACGAGCUGUACCAAUUCCGCGUCCGUCUUACGAGCCCUUUCGGCAGCGAGAAUGACGUCUUUGAGGACGCAAACGACGGCCAAGCGCAUGGAGAAGCUGGCUCACGCCUUUCUGUGCCUAUGAACGACCAGAACGGAAGCAGAGCACCCACGAGGGAUAGCUCAGCCGCUUCGCUCACUCUGGGUGGCUCAAGCGCUCAAAGUGUCACGGAAAGCAACGUGGCGUCCACGCCGGCCACAUCUACGCGCGGUGCGGGCACGCAAAGUCGAAACGCGAACCCCACUCCGAUGGCGUCGGGAUACCCUUCUGCUGAUAUGGAAGAGGAAGACGCGUUGCCUACCGGAGUCUUCACGCUCUUGACGGACUGCUACAGCCCAACGUGUACACGUGAUCGACUUUGUUAUUCUAUCGCUUGCCCGAGGCGCUUGGAGCAGCAAGCGCGACUGAAUAUGAAGCCGCAAGCUGUGCUCAAGCGAAGUCUUAGCAAAGAGUCGCUUGGAGAGACGAAGGAGCAAGGAGCGCUGUGGGCGGAAUCGGUAUCAAAGGAGAUUUUGGAGAGUGUCUCGGAGAAGGAACGCAAGCGUCAAGAGCUCAUCAACGAAGUCAUAUACACCGAACGCGACUUUGUUCGGGAUCUGGAGUAUCUUCGAGACUUUUGGAUCAAGCCUUUGCGAACCCGAGACAUCAUCGCUGAUGCGCGGCGGGAUGACUUUGUCACGCAGGUGUUUUGGAAUGUGCUGGAAAUACACGCCGUCAAUUCCAAGCUGGCAGAUAUGCUCGGCAAGCGUCAGAAACAACAAGCGGUGGUGGAACGGAUAGGCGACCUUCUUCUGGAGAUGGUGCCAUACUUCCAGCCCUUCGUCAAGUACGGUGCACACCAAUUGUACGGCAAGUACGAAUUCGAGAAGGAGAAGGCGAGCAAUCCUGCAUUCCUCAAAUUUGUUGAAGAGACAGAACGGCUGCCAGAGUCGCGGAAGCUAGAGCUGAAUGGUUACCUAACCAAGCCCACCACUCGUCUGGCCCGUUAUCCUCUGUUGCUCGAAGGUGUGGCCAAGGCGACGGAGGACGACAGCCCAGAUAAGCAGGCCCUGCCAAAGGUGAUCAAGAUUGUCAAGGAAUUCCUGAGCAAGGUGAACACGGAAUCCGGCAAGAGUGAAAAUCGUUUCAACCUCGCCCAGCUGGAUCAGCAGCUGGUCUUCAAGCAAGGAGAAGCUGUUGAUCUGAGGCUCCGAGACGAACAGCGAGAGCUCGUGUUCAAAGGACCUCUCAAGAGGAGAGGUGGUUCUCAGAGCGAGAGCGGCGACCUCCAAGUCUUCCUGUUCGAUCACGCUCUGUUGAUGGCGAAAGCGAAGAACGUGCACAAGCACGAGCUCUACAAAGUGUUCAGAAAGCCGAUACCACUCGAGCUUCUGAUCGUCACAGUGUACGAUGAGGUCCCGACUGGUAAGGGCACUGCGACGAGACCCAAGUCCGUCAUGUCGCGUACGUCUACAGGCAAUCGUCUCAGCGGUGGCGUGCCAACAGGCUCGGCUCCGAAGCAAGAUCAAAAGACAGGCUACGCCUUGACGUUUACCUACUUGGGCAGGAAAGGAUACACGCAGACGCUUUGGGCAAGCACCUUCGUUAGCCGGAAGAAGUGGUUCGAGCACAUCGAGGCUCGACAGGAUGUCCUGCGACAGCGUUCAAAUAUCUUUGACACGAUCACACUCAGCGAGAGCUUCUUUAGCGGACCUGCAAAGGUGACUUGCUCUGUGCCGUUCGACUUUGGCAGACGCAUCAUAUACGGCACAGACGACGGCGUUUACCUAUCAGAUCUGCGGGAGAAGGCUCGUCCGCCAACCAAGGUGCUGCCUUUGCCUGGCGUCACACAGAUGGACGUGCUGGAAGAGUAUCAGAUAUUGAUUAUUCUUGCUGAACGCAGCGUGCACACUUUCACUCUGGACGCAUUGGACCCUUCCGACCCAAUGGGAUCUUUGAAGCGUGGGCGCCGUAUCUCUUCUCACACGUCCUUUUUCAAAGCCGGACAGUGUCUCGGACGGACGCUGGUGUGCGUCGUCAAGUCUUCUUCGCUCUCAUCGACCAUCAAGACGCUCGAGCCGAUUGAGCAAAAUGUCAGAGGGAAGAAGCAGCCCACCUUCCGCAAGCUCUUGCAAGGAGGUCAGGAAACCUUGCGCGUCUUCAAGGAGUUCUAUAUCCCGACGGAAAGUAGCAGCAUCCACUUCCUCAAGAGCAAACUAUGCGUUGGUUGCACCAAGGGCUUUGAGAUCGUCGACCUCGAAACGCUCGACACCCAAGGAUUGCUGGAUCCUGCUGACUCUAAUUUGGACUUUGUGCAACGCAAGGAGACGGUCAAGCCCAUUGCCAUCUAUCGGAUCGACGGCGAGUUCUUGCUGUGCUACGACGAAUUUGCGUUCUACGUCAACAAGAACGGAUGGCGUUCGAAGGGCAACUGGAUCAUCCAUUGGGAGGGAAAUCCAACCUCUUUCGCGUAUCAUCAUCCUUACGUGCUUGCCUUUGAGCCAAGCUUCAUCGAAGUCCGACACGUGCAGACAGGCGCCUUGCAUCAGGUUAUCACUGGCUACAACUUGAGGUGUCUGUUCGCAGACGUCGCGCCUCCUGCAUCAUCGUCAAGCUCCAGCGUGUCGAGCAGCGCGGCGAGCAGUAAGGUGAAUUUGCACGGUUCGCCAGCGCCGAGCGCCAUGAAUUCGUACGGUAGACCGCCUUAUCCGGGAGCCCCACCGAUGGCUCCAGACUAUCCGCCUGGCGGACUCUCGCGCGCUCAAAGUUUCCAGAUGGGUAUGAACGGUGCUCCUCCUGGUGCCGCGUAUGGACGGCCGCCAAUGGGCCCUGGACCCAGGCCACCGCCAUACGGGCCACAACCAGGCCAGCCGAUGUACCGACCUGGCGUGCCAUUUGCUUUUACUGCUGCGCAAGCACCCCGGCCACCUCCUCUGCAGAGAAAUCCUGUCUGGGAAAGUGUUGCUGCAAGCCGCAACCAAAUUGUCUUUGUAAGUUCACUUUUGUUUUCUCCGCAUCCCUCGCGGAUUGUUGACGCUGGCCCACCCACAUACAGAUGGGAGAUACCACUGUUUUCUGCAUACGGCCUGCCAACACGAGCUCUCUUUCGAAUUCCAUCAGCUCAGCUGGUGGUGGAUAAACUCGCACGCUUUCACGAAUUACGCCUUGCGCUCACAGCAAGUGUACUCUUUUGCUUUCGCCUUUCUACCUCAUUAGAACUCGUUUCUUGCCCUCUGUCUGUCUCGCCUUGUUACUGCCAUUUGCAUCUCGUCUUGAUACACCGCGAAUCCGACCUAUAGCCUGGAAAGCUCUCUGGCACUACUCAUUUUGUCGGAACGACA